AUGUCACACUUAACAAUGACAUUUGACUCUUCGAAAGCAGUUGAACUAUCUAUGGAAAUCGCAUCUGUAAAGCAGGAAACUGAUAGUGCAAAUGAUAAUAAGUUUCCUGAUAUGAUGGUGGAAAUUAAAGAUGAAAAUGUCUGUGAGGAUCUACAUGUAAGUGAAAGUGCUAAUGACCUUGGACAUGAGUUGAUUGUCAAAGACGAGAUCCCUAUGGAUUUCGAGAGAACAGUCAUUCCUGAUAAUAACCCGUUAAGUGCAUCAGAACUUUUGGACACUGAAGAAAAUCAUAGUAUGAGAGAACAUGAAAUAAUACCUAAAAUGGAAGAUGACUGCUUAAACACCGAGGUGAAAGAAGAAAUGCCAAUUACCGGUGAUCUAUUAGUAUCAUAUGAUUAUCCCAAUUUUGAUGAUACGGGGAGUAUGGACAGUAAUGAUGUUGCAGUCUUAGGUAAUGUGGAAACAUGUCUUAAUGAGAACUACAAUAUUAAAUCUGAAUCACAGCAGUUUGGGGAGCACGAACAUGAAAAACAUGAUGUGAAGGAAGAAUUGGAGAUGGUGACUGAAACGCAUUUGAUUUCAAAUAAACUUAUCAACACCACAUCUACUAUCACUAAUCCGCACGAUGGCGUCCUACAGUCGCAAACUACAAAGACAUUAGUCAUGGAGAUUUUACCUAUUCCAAGAACUCCAUUAUCACUCAGUAAAAUAGGCAACCCCGAAGAAAUCCUCCCAACGACAAAUGAUGCAGUCUACGACGAUAUAUUUCAAUUGAAUUCCAUAACAGGCAAUGUAUUAUCUCUAGAACAGGAAGCUUAUGGAUUACUUAAAGCGAAGAGAAACAUCACACAUAACUUAAAAACAUACCCGUGCCUCAAAUGUUCUAAAGAGUUCAAGAAUACCUAUGGCUUGAAAAAACAUAUGGCUGUACAUAAGACUAUAGAAGCGAGAGCAUUGGGUAUCAUAAAGGGACGGAAAACAAGAAAGGCGAACCAGAAUAAACGAUAUAAUGAGGACAAAGAAAUAAGUGUUAAAUACUCGAAAUGUAAAAUAGAAAAUUUCGAUGAGGAUAUUAAACCAGAUAUAAAGAAAGAAGGGUAUGUGUGCACAUGUGGCCAAGUAUUCCAGCGACGAAGCAGAAUGGAGACAUGUCUGCGAUCGCACAACCUAUAUUCUGAUCCGAACACCUCGUACCAAUGUGUAACGUGUUCUAAACAGUUCAAAGAUAAAAACGAGUUGAUAUCCCAUAGAAAAAGGACGCACCGAAAGAAAUUCCAAUGCAAAUUCUGUCCUACAGAUUACAGUACAAGGAAAGAGCUGUUCAAGCAUCUACAAGUUCAUCAAAAAGUUCAACUUAUGGAAUACAAAGUGAUCUCAGAAGUAGUGAAAGGUAAACAGAAGUUACAAUGUUUCAUGUGUAACAAAAGUUAUUCUGAAUUGUCUGAAUUAAAGUCUCAUGUCAUGGAAGACCAUAAAAGCCCUUACAUUUGUCCCAAUUGCCAGGAAACAUUCCCGAAGAUCAUAGAGUUUGGUAACCAUGUGAAAACUUAUCACCCAGAAGUCGGAGGACAGUCCGUAUUGGAUGUUCUGGAAGCCUUUUCCAUGUUAGUGAAAGCUUGGAAAUGUGAUGAAUGUGGAUUACAAUUUCACGAGGCAGAUAAAUUGGCAUUGCAUCAAAUCGAACAGCAUAGUCCAGACACAAAAUCAGAGACCCAAUUCCAAUGUACAGAUUGUCGCAGAGUUUUUAUUAGUCAAAAGGGAUUAACGUCGCAUAGACGAAUACAUCACAGCGACUAUGUGGAAGAAACAGAACCGGCUGAAAAAGGUAUAUUGUGUCUGGAAUGUCGUAAAAUAUGUAAAGAUAUGGACUCGCUAACAUCUCACAUGAGAUUGCAUUCUCCUGAAAGGAAAUAUCCUUGUAAAUUUUGCGAUUUCCGUUUCGCAACACCGGAAAAGAGAAAAGCGCAUGCAGAAUUACAUACGGGUGAUAUGAAAUAUGUGUGUUUUAUAUGUGAAUACCAGUGCAGUUCAGAGAAUCGUUUGUCACAACAUAAAAUGUCUUUAAAACACUUAAACAUGAAGGAGUUUUUGUUGACUGGCAAGCCUCUUAUUGAAGAGCCUGUAUCUUCAUCAAAAUCAAAAACUAAAAAGAAAAAAUUUGAGAAAAAGAAAGACGAAGAAGACAGUGAAAGUAUUAGUGAAGAUAAUAUACCUUGUGAUAUUUGUGGUGAAACUUUCGCAAGUGAACAAUUAAUGCAAGACCAUAAACAGACACAUCCUUUCAUAGAGUUUCCUAAUGAUGAUAAGCCGAGUAGGAUAUUUUUUAAAUGA